AUGCUGAACGGUUCUGCUGUGCUUAAUCCAUCGAUGACAAGAAUACUUAACAUGACUAACAUGACGACAACCAAUACUACACCACAUUAUACAGUAUACCAGGCUUAUCAUCUAGGACUACUCGUGAUCUCUGUACUUAUCAUUCUCUCCAACAGUUUUGCCAUCACAAUAUACUGUCGUCACAAGGCAAUUCGUAAAAAUCUCAACAAUAUUUUACUGUGCAGUUUAGCCGUGUCAGAUUUACUAACUGGCCUUAUCUAUCUGCCAGUCCUGGUCAUUGUUGAACGCUCGGAUUUCCGUGGAAAACACCAAUGGUUGCUUACACUUCAACGCUAUCAUUUCAUGUUUGGCAAUUUAUGUGGAUUCUCAACAGUGUUUCAUAUCAUUGCGUUAACCAUUGACAAAUAUGUAGCGGUUUUGUAUCCUUUUAAGAAAAUUAACCUUUCGACUCGGUGGUUGUAUCGAAAAAUUCUGGCGUCGCUGUGGACAACAGCUUUAUUCUUCGCGUUAAUUCCUUUAUUUUGGUAUUUUAAAGAUGAAGGAUCUCAAUCGUGGUAUAAAAAGUUUCAUGUGUAUGGUAUUUUUCAGCUCGUUAUAUUUUUUGGACUAUCGCUACUUACUUUAAUGUAUUGCUACCUUCGUAUGUUUGCGAAAAUCCACAAUCAAGAUUGCGAAGGAUCUCUAACAGGCAGAGUUCAACGACGCGAAAGAACAGACCGAAAAACAAUCUCGGUAUUCCUAUGUUUCUUUGUUGUAUUCGUCAUCGGUUGGUUUCCAUGGUUUCUAUUCACCUUGGAUAAUAAUAUGUUACGCGCUCCUCUAGAAGUUAAGGAUUUUUUGGUGACUUUGCGUUUUGCGGGAGCGUUCCUAAACCCUGCAAUUUAUGCAUUUUUGAAAAACGAUUAUCGACAAGCGAUUAGCUCGGACCUGGCCAAGUUAUGUUCGAAGCCUGCGAAAAUGGAGCCAAUAGAAUUAAAUUUAAAGACUACUAAUCAGUGA